UGUACAUCACAUUUUCAGUCUUUGUUCCGUCACCUGGAUCAAAGCUUGCUUCAUUUGACUCCCAACAAAGCUUGAAGAUACAUCCACUACUUGUAAUGGCUGUUUUGACAGAGAUCCUUAUCUUUUGUCUACUUUUACCAUCAAUGAGGACAAUCAUUACCGAUUUCUUCCCAUGUGAGACGGAUAUUCAGAAAACCACAAUAGACUGCUCUGACAGACCAAUCAAGCGUGUCCCACACUUCAAGUCUGGAACUGUCACUUCACUCAAUUUAAGCAAGACUAAGAUACGGCAAGUAGGACAGGAUGAUUUAUCAGGUGUCCCAAACCUCCAAACUCUAAAAAUAAUGGGGAAUUGUCAACCUGGUCUCUUGAGACCUCCUGGAGACCACUCAUGUGAGAUGGAGAUACACAAAAAUGCCUUCAGGAAAUUACUGAAGCUUGAAAAUUUGCAUCUGUCAGGAAACAGCCUCACCUCUAUUCCUUUUUUACCUAAAAGCCUUAAGUUCCUUGAUCUAGAGAACAAUUGCAUUUCCCAAAUUGUUGAUCCCCUGAACACGACACUUCUUGAGCAGCUCCACCUCAGCAGGAACUGCUUUUAUGCAAACCCAUGCAAUCAGUCUUUUUACAUCAGCAAGAGGGUUUUCAGAGAGCUCCCCAGACUUGAAAACCUUACCUUGGGGUAUAAUAAUCUGACAGCUAUACCUGAGGGAUUGCCACCCUCUCUAGUGCAACUGGAUUUAAGAGAGAACACUAUCACUGAGGUCGUAGAUGGAGCAUUUGCCAACUUCCCUGUCCUCAAGGAUUUGAUCUUAGAGUGGAAUUGCCAGCGUUGUGACCAUGCAGCCAGGCCCUGCUUCCCUUGCCCACAAAAUCAGUCCCUUCUCCUUCAUUCAAACUCAUUUUACGCUGAAAACAGCUCCAUCUCAUUCCUAAGCUUAAGAGGGAAUUCUCUAAAAACAUUCCCAGAGGGUGUCUUCCUACCUUUGAGGAAUUUAAAGCGAUUAGACCUCUCGGAUAACUUCCUGGCAUACGCUAUACGCAACGGCAGCUUCUUUUCAGAGCUGAGCGGCCUCACUUGGAUUAGCCUCAUCUAUAACUAUGAGCCACUGAUGACAUUUCCUGAACUGAUCCUUUCUCCACAUUUUGGCAACAUGUCCAACCUACAAACUCUUCUUCUCAGUGGUAACUUUUUCCACAAGGUUUCAGAUAAGAGCCUUAAAGUUCUGUACAAAUUAGAACAUCUAAAAAAACUAGAACUGAGAAUGAACUUCAUCAAUACUUUUAAUUUGACAGCCUUGAAGCAGUUACCAUCUCUCAUCAAAAUCGACCUCUCCCAAAACAUGCUUGACUUCCUUCCAUGUUGCUCAAGUCUGUCAUCUGAAAUCAUGGCCCAAGACAGCUGUAAAGACCAGAAAUUGCAUGCACAGAAUUAUCCCGAUCUGCAACUUGUGCUAUUUGAUCGAGAAACCACAUCUGGAGAUGACAUCUGGGAAUCAAACGAAUCAUACAGUUUUGAAAUGUUUGAGGACAGUGUUUCUGAAUUUCCAUCAAUAUGGGACUUCAGAAGCCAAGUGUGCAAAAGCAAACUUGUAUUCGAUCUCUCUCAAAAUGACAUUUUGUCUCUUAAUCAAAGGGUGUUUGAGGGCAUGGAAAAUACUGUUUGUUUGGACCUUUCUUACAAUUACAUGAGUCAAACACUGAAGCCAGGAGUGUUCAGCAGCAUGAAAAGUUUAGUCUUUCUUAAUAUGUCUUACAACAGACUUGACCUUUACUAUAAAGAUGCUUUCAGUGAGCUAAAUAACACCCUGAAGGUGUUAGACCUUAGUAACAAUGAUUAUCACUUCAAUAUGAGAGGAAUGGGCCACCGUUUAGAGUUUCUUCAGAAUCUGACCAACUUGGAGGUUUUAAGUCUGGCAAAUAACAGAAUUGGUAUGCGCAUUAAUCAAAGGCUGGUCAGCAAAUCUUUGAAGUACUUAUACUUCAACGGGAACCACCUAAAUGUAAUGUGGAAUUUUGAUAACAACAAGUACACUUAUUUCUUCCAAGAUCUGACAAACCUUGCCUAUCUGGACAUCUCUGACAACAAACUUAAGUCAAUCUCUGCCGAAGUUUUGUGUAGCCUUCCAGGAAGCAUCAUGUUUCUUAGCGUUAGUGAAAAUCUGUUAAACUAUUUCCCAUGGCGUAAAAUCUCAGCACUCCAAAAUUUAACUCACCUGAACCUGAGUCAAAACUACCUCUCAGACUUACUAUCUGAAGUUGUUCAAUUUGGAGACAAGUUUUCUCUCUUGGACCUCAGUCACAAUUGUCUCAGUUCCAUUCCUGAGGAUUUCCUAAGUGAGGCAAAAUCCUUGCGAUCUCUGUAUCUUAGCCACAAUCAGAUCAAAGAGUUAAAUCAUCAGUCUCUCCCUGCCCCCUUCCAAAAUGGUAGUGCCCUUGAGAAACUCACCCUGCAUGCAAACCCAUUCAAAUGUGACUGUGAUACAUCAUGGUUUGCAGACUUCUUGCGUACAACUCCAGUAAAGAUUCCUUAUCUAUUCACAUAUAUACACUGUGAAUUCCCAGAGACCCAACAGGGUGAAAGCAUACUCCAUAUAGAUAAUCAUUCCUGCCAGGACAUCUACGGUAGCUUAGCAUUCCUCGUCUGCUCCUUCCUGACUGCAGUGUUCACCGUUCUGCCCCUACUGAAGCAUCUCUAUGGCUGGGAUCUGUGGUAUUGCUUACAGAUACUCUGGGCAGGACAUAAGGGCUACUCCCAACUGGCCGGUGAUUCACGUAAUCACUAUGAUGCUUUUGUGGUGUUUGACACCAAGAACCAUGCUGUGAGGGAUUGGGUCUACAAUGAGUUAACUGUCAAUUUGGAGAACUCCAUUCAUAGGAGGUUUUGCCUCUGUCUGGAGGAGAGAGACUGGAUUCCUGGUCUUUCAUGCAUUGAAAAUCUACACAAUGCUGUCUACGACAGCGUGAAGACUGUGUUCGUGCUAUCUAGCGGUUCUGGUGGAACUGAGACGGUGAAUGGUGUGAUCCGGCAGGCUUUCUUCAUGGUUCAGCAGAGGCUUCUGGACGAGAAGGUGGAUGUGGCUGUGCUGGUUCUGCUGGAUGAGAUGUUUCCAAAACUGAAGUACCUUCAGCUGAGAAAAAGACUGUGCAGAAAGUCUGUGCUGUCGUGGCCAAGAAACCCAAAGGCACAGCCUCUUUUCUGGAACCAAGUGAGAAUGGCAUUAUCAUCCGAUAACCUCAGCUUCUAUGACACUAAAAUGAGCGAAAGUUUCAUAUGAAUACUUUUUAAUGACCAAUUAAGGGGCAUUGUGAUAAGGUCCUUAAUUAGUGUUGCAA